AUGGACAACUCGGCUGAUGUAGAUAGAGAAGUUAAAGAACUUGAAACCAAGAUAAUAAACCACGAAGCCUACGGAAAGCCUUAUAAAUGGUCACCGAGAGAUUUUGAAUUGGGCACACCGCUUGGUCAGGGUAAAUUCGGACACGUACACGCCGCAAAAGAAAAGAGAACUGGACUUAUAGUAGCUAUAAAGACAUUGUUCAAGUCACAAAUUACCCAUUCUAGAUGUGAACGUCAAGUCUUGAGGGAGAUUGAAAUCCAAUCUCAUCUAAAACAUCCAAACAUCCUGAGACUCCUGACGUGGUUUCACGACGAAAGAAGAAUAUACCUUGUUAUUGAAUAUGCUUCUGGAGGAGAACUCUAUAGACACUUGACAAAUUCACCAAAAGGACGCUUCCCUGAGUAUAAAGCCGCCCGCUACAUUUACCAGGUUGCUGAUGCAGUUGACUACUGCCACCGUCAUCAUGUAAUCCACAGGGAUAUAAAACCAGAAAAUAUUCUAGUAUCAUAUAGAGGUGACCUUAAAUUAGCUGACUUUGGCUGGUCAGUCCAUGCCCCAUCAGAAAAGAGAAAAACAAUGUGUGGGACUCUUGAUUAUUUGCCUCCAGAAAUGAUAAAACGCGAAGUAUAUGACGUAUCAGUUGACCACUGGUGUAUCGGUGUCUUGCUGUAUGAGUUCCUUGUGGGGAAACCGCCAUUUGAAAGUAACGAGCAAGAUCAGACAUAUGCAAAGAUAUUGGCAGUGGCCUUGAAAUUUCCCCCACAUGUAAAGGAUGGAGCUCGGGAUCUUAUAUCUAAACUUUUACGACAGUCGAGUCAAGAAAGAUUGUCGCUGGAAGGUGUAAAAAAUCACUAUUGGAUGCAACAGUUUGUCAAAAUUAUAGAUUAG